AUCUUCAGUUUCCUGUCUGACCUGCUCGCUGUUCUUGCAAUCGCGCGUGUUCUUCUGCGUUUGUGCACGUUGUGAAUUAAUUUGUAACUGAUGAAUCGGAAAAAAAAUCCGAAUAACUUAAGAAACUCGAUAAGCAAAGAAAACUGAGUGAAACACAUUGUAUUAGCAAGGAACUCAUAUUCAUGAAAUAGAGUUUAAUGUCAGCCUGUAAAGGAAUGUCGGAGCUACCUUUGGUGUAUCCAGUCGAAUCAGCCGUUGACCCAUGUGCCAUUUGCCUGGGAAAGUGUGACAAUCAAUCAUUUCCUAAAAACUGCCUUCAUGGGUUCUGUUUCAUCUGCCUGCUCCAGUGGUCCAAGGUGAAACCCGAAUGCCCCCUAUGUGUAAAACCUUUCAGCUCAGUCAUACACAACAUAAAAUCUAAUGAUGAGUAUGACGAAUUCAAUAUUGACUCAGCGUGGCAAGAAGAAAUGCUUAACAGUGAAUUCAGUGAAUCAGCUGAUGAUGAUUCGAGCUGGAGCACUACCAGCAGUGAUUCCAGCUGGUAUACCAUUAGCAGUACAUCCAGCACAGAACUUCUUAUUGUAGAAGAGCCAAGCAGUUAUUUGCAGCAAUACAUGAGACAAGAAAUAGCACUAUUCAGAACGAGGAGAGAGUCUAGCAGCGAGGAAUCCAGCAACGACAUACCUCGCCAUGAAUCCAGCUGGGUCACUAUUGACAGCGAAGAGAGCUCUGAAGAUGAUUUUUCCAUAAGCGACGAUAUAUGUUCCCGCGACCUCAUCGCGAGCGGGCAGGAUCUGCAAAGUCUCGACGCUUUUCUGUUGUCCCGCCAUCCAGACUUGGCUGUACCUCACAACGAUCCAUCUUUUCCCACCGCGCCUCAACCAAGCCGAAAUAGGAUUGGUCGACUUACGCUGGUAAUCGACGAAGAACCAAACAACGGUGAUGCAACAGAACUGUCCUUUGUCAGGGUACCCGUGUCUGAAGUCGUUUAUCGUUGGCUGCAAGGAGCAUCAUCGUCAGAUGAAGAUAAUGUAAAUAUUGAAUCACAAAUUAAUUCUGCUCAAUGAGCUAUCGCUUUCAAAGAUAUAGACAUGUCAUGUUAUGUGAUAAUUAAACCAAGAAAAAGAAAUGGGAAAGGGGGUUUUAAAAAACAAAAAAUAAUCGCAUCCUUGUUUUUUUUUUGUUUUUUUAAAAGGGGUAUGGGGUAGUAGUUCCGUGUGUGAAGUUGAAAUAUUAAAUGUUUUGUUCAUGGCUAUGUUCACUAUGCUAACGAAAGCUCUCGUGUUCUAUAAUAAAGGGAAUCAAGGACAAAGGAACGGCCCUUCGAUGCAUCAGAAAAGGCAA